AUGCGAAGGAUUAGAUUCUCUGUAAAAUUUACUGUUGUUAUAAUUCUUGUUGUGAUCAUAACAACUACAUCUGCUCGUAAAUUGUUAUCAAAACGACAACAAUCAAGACAAACAGAACAACGUAUUGAUUGUUUUCCUGAAGCUGAAUCACGAUUUUCAGGUUAUUCAAAACAAUCAUGUUUAGAUAGAAAUUGUUUAUUUGAUGAUGGAGUUGCUCCUGGUAUUACACAAUGCUAUUUAUCACCAAACUAUGGUUAUAUAUUACAAGGUUCUCCAGAACAAAUAAAUAAUGGUUUAAAAUUAAAAUUAAAACGAAAUUCAGCAGUAGGUAGUAUGUUUCAACAACCUAUCGAAAAUGUUUUACUUGAAGUUCAAUAUUAUACUAACGAUAUUAUCAGAUUUAAAUUAUACGAUGCUGACAAAAAACGAUAUGAAGUACCAAUACCAUUGUCAUCUGCUUCCGAUCAAGUAUCUUCCCCACAAUAUGAAUUUGGCUAUUCGUCGGAUAGUUCACAUGAUAAUAUUCUUUCAUUUUCAAUAAAACGUCGAAUUGAUAAAGCAGUUUUAUUUGAUACAUCACUCGGUGGUCUUGUUUUGAACGAUCAAUUUCUUCAAAUAGUUACUCGACUUCAAUCACCACAUGUUUAUGGUUUUGGUGAAAAUAAUCAUGAUACACUUAAACAUAAUGUUCAAGAGAAAAAAUCAUGGGGAAUAUUUGCUCGUGAUCAAGGAACAAAUUGGGAUACAAAUUCAAAUCAUUAUGGUACUCAACCAUUUUAUCUUGUUAUGGAGCAAUUAAUGAAUUCUAAUCAAGCUCCAUCUGGUCGUAUGCAUGGUGUUCUUUUACUUAAUUCAAAUGCUAUGGAUUAUUCAUUUGAUAAAACACCUUCAGUAACUAUUCGAACCAUUGGUGGUAUUUUAGAUUUUUUUGUUUUUCUUGGUCCAACACCAGAACAAGUUGUUCAACAAUAUACAUGGCUUGUUGGUCGUUCAAUAUUACCACCAUAUUGGUCAUUUGGUUUUCAACUUUCACGUUGGGGAUAUUCUAAUUUAACUCAUAUGCAAAAUAUUGUUAAACGAAAUCGAGAUGCUGGUAUUCCACUUGAUGUUCAAUAUGCUGAUAUUGAUUAUAUGGAGGCUGCAAAAGAUUUUACAAUUGAUCCAAUUAAUUAUAAAGGUUUAAAAGAAUAUUUUGCUCAAUUAAAUAGUGAAGGUGUACGAACAAUUAUUAUUUUGGAUCCGGGUACAAUUGAUGAUCAAAUAUAUUAUACACCAACUAUUGAUGGUAUGAGAGAAAAUGUUUUUGUUAAAUCAGAUGAUGGACAAACACCAAUGAAAGGUUCAUGUUGGCCAGGUGAUGUCUUUUUUCCAGAUUUCUUUACUAAACGAGCACAAGAUUGGUGGUCAAGAUUAAUUAAAGAUUUUCAUCGUGUUAAUGUAUCAUUUGAUGGACUUUGGAUUGAUAUGAAUGAACCUGCUUUAUUUGAUACAAAUGAAGCAAUACCAUGGAAUUGGAUGGAUACAGGAAGUAAUUAUACAUUGAAAUGUAGUUCAAAUCAAUGGGAUGAUCCACCCUAUCGUCCCAAAGCUGUAUAUCGUUGGGAUCAAAAACUUGCACGAGCAAGUCGUUUAUCAGAUCAUACUUUAUGUAUGACAGCAUUACAAGGUGAAAUUGAUUCAGAAACAAAUAAACCAAAAUAUCGUCAUUAUGAUGUUCAUAGUCUUUAUGGAUGGAGUCAAACAAAACCAACAUUAGAUGUUAUGAGAGAAAUAACUGGUAAACGAAGUUUAGUUUUACCACGUUCUACAUUUGUUGGUUCUGGUCAAUGGUCUGGUCAUUGGCUUGGAGAUAAUGAAGCAACAUGGCAUGAAAUGAAAAGAUCUUUAAUUGGUAUGGUAGAAUUUAAUUGGUUUGGUAUACCAUUUAAUGGUGCAGAUAUUUGUGGUUUUGAUAAAACACCUUCAGAAGAAAUGUGUAUUCGUUGGAUGCAAGUCGGAGCUUUUUAUCCAUUUUCUCGAAAUCAUAAUAUAUGGAAAACACCAGAUCAAGAUCCAGCUGCUUGGUCAUCAUCAGCUGUUUCAACAAUGAUUACAGCACUUCGUAUUCGUUAUACAUUACUUCCAUAUUAUUAUACAUUAUUUUAUAAAUCACAUACACAAGGUUCAACUGUAAUUCGACCAUUAUUUCAUGAAUAUCCAACUGAUAAAACAACAUUAGAUAUAUUUCUUCAAUUUUUAAUUGGACCUCAUAUAAUGAUAGCUCCAGUUACAGAUGAUGGUGCAAGACAAGUUCAAGUUUAUAUUCCAUCUUCACAUUGGUAUAAUUAUUAUUCAGGUGUACGAAUUUCAUCUCAAAAACAAUUUAUUACAUUAUCAGCACCAUUAAAUACAAUUCCAAUUUUAUUACGAGGUGGAGCUAUUAUUCCAACACAAGAAUUUGCUAAUAAUACAAGAUAUUCGAGAGAAAAACCAUUUGGUUUAAUAAUUGUUUUAAAUGCUAAUGGUAAUGCUGAAGGAGAUCUUUUUUAUGAUGAUGGUGAAUCAAUUGAUACAAUUGGUUCAAAAUCAUAUUAUUAUGCAACAUAUAAAUGGUCAACAUCAGAAAAUCGAUUAAUAAUAAAUGUUGUUGAAAAUAAUUAUCCACAAAUGUCAAAUUUAAUAUUAGAUUCAUUAACUAUUUAUGGAUUAGAUUAUACUCCAACUGCAUUUUAUCUUAAUGAUCAACAAUUUCAACCAAAAACAAGACCAAAUACACAAAUUAUUGAUGUGCCUGCUUUACAUUUACCUAUGAGUCAAAGUCUUACAUUAAUAUGGGCAACAACAGGAACACCAAUUAUUGAACCACCACCAGCUGUUAUAACUGAACCUAAAUAUAGAGUAGAUUGUUAUCCGGAUUUAGGUAAAUAUAAACAUUUAUGUGCUAUAAGUAAUGCUUGUGAAGCUCGUGGAUGUACUUGGAAUGUUGCAAGUGAAGCUGGUUAUCCAUCUUGUUAUAUACCAAAAGAAAAAGGUGGAUAUGGUCAACAUGAUACACCAACACAUUUAACAGAUGCUGUUACAUCUUAUUCAUUAUCACGUUUAUCAACAAAACCUCUUCGUGAUCGAGCAAAUCCACAUAGUCAUAUUCAAUUGAAUGAAUCAAUAUCAAAUGUAAAACAACUUGUAACAACUCAAUCAAAUGAAUUUUCAUUAUAUGGUGAAGAUAUUGAUCAUUUAAAUGUUCAAGUAAGUGUAUCAGGUCCUGAUAUGAUACGUUUAACAAUUCGUGAUGCUGAUAAACAACGUUAUGAAGUUCCUGUACCAAUACGAUGGCAAGCAUCAUUACCAUCAUCAUCUAUUAAAACUAAAAUAAAAUUUGAAAUGACAAAAACAACAAAUGAACAAAUUGGUUUUCGUGUUAAACGUACAGAUACACAAUCAAUUAUAUUUGAUACAUCAUUUUUUGCUGAAGGUUUUAUUUAUGAUAAUAAAUAUAUUCAAUUAAUAACAACAAUUCCAUCAAGAAAUGUUUAUGGUUUUGGUGAAAAUACUCAUCCAACAUUUCGACAUAUUCUUCAAAAUUCAGCUCGUUAUGGUAUAUUUGCUCGUGAUCAACCACCACAAGGAAAAAAUGAAAAUUUAUAUGGUACACAACCAUUUUAUAUUGCUAUUGAAGAUGAUGGACAAACAUUUGGUAUUUUAAUAUUUAAUUCAAAUGCACAAGAUUAUAAAUUAGAUGAAUUUGAAGAUAAUCAAUCUAUGCUUACAUAUAGAACACUUGGAGGUAUAUUAGAUAUAAUAUUUUUUGCUGGACCACGUCCCGAAGAUGUUAUUAGACAAUAUCAAACUGUUAUUGGUCAUCCUUAUAUGCCACCAUAUUGGGCAUUAGGUUUUCAACUUUGUCGUUAUGGUUAUGAUACACUUGAGAAUAUGCGUGCAGCUAUGCAAAGAACUUUAGAUGGACAUAUUCCACUUGAUGUUAUGUAUGGUGAUAUUGAUUAUUUUCGAAAUCAACUUGAUUUUACUUGGGAUCCAAUUCGUUUUAAUGGUUUACCUGAAUAUGUUGAUUGGUUACAUACACAAGGAAUGAGAUUUAUUACAAUUCUUGAUCCAGCUAUUGAUUCUGAAGAACCAAAUUAUGAUGUUUUUAUAGAAGGACAAAAAGAUGAUAUUUGGGUUAAAUGGCCUCAAAAUAAAAAUCUUCAAUUUAAUGAAACAAAAAAUAGAAAUAUGGUUGGAUAUGUAUGGCCUAUUGGUAAGACAGUAUUUCCUGAUUAUUUCUAUCCUCCAGCUAAAGAAUGGUGGAAAAAUCAAAUAUUAAAUUAUUAUAAAAAACUUAAAUUUGAUGGUUUAUGGAUUGAUAUGAAUGAACCAGCUAAUUUCGAUACAAAUAAAUUACAACCAUGGAAUUGGCCACAUCCUACACCAUGGAAUCUUCAUUGUCCACUUGAUGAACCUUUAGAAUCUCCUCAAUAUAAAACUGUUAUAUUUGGUGAUUAUUUAUCCGAUAAAACUCUUUGUAUGAUUGGUGAACAAAGUGAUGGUCGAGGAAAAAUUUAUAAACAAUAUGAUGUACAUAAUUUAUAUGGAUGGUCAGAAACAGUUGCAACAUUACCAGCAGCUCGUGCAACAGAUAAUAAACGUUCAUUAGUUAUAAGUCGUUCAACAUUUCCAACAUCAGGUUCAUAUUCUGGUCAUUGGUUAGGUGAUAAUACAGCAGCAUGGUCACAUUUGAAAUAUAAUAUAAUUGGAAUGCUUGAAUUUAAUUUAUUUGGUAUACCAUAUGUUGGUGCUGAUAUUUGUGGUUUUGAAGGAAAUACAACAGAAGAAAUGUGUCAACGUUGGAUGCAAUUAGGUGCAUUUAAUCCAUUUUUUCGUAAUCAUAAUGGUUUAAGAUAUACUGAUCAAGAUCCAGGAAAUUUUCCAUCACAUAUUGUUCAAUCAAAUCGUCAUGUUGUUGAAACACGUUAUACAUUAAUACCAUAUUUAUAUACACUUUUUCAUCGUGUACAUAUAUCAGGUGGAACUGUUGUUCGUUCAAUGGCACAUGAAUUUCCAACAAAUCCAUCAUGUUGGCCAUUAGAUGAACAAUUUUUAUGGGGUUCAUAUUUAUUAAUAGCUCCAGUUAUUUAUGAAGGUCAUACAACAAAAAAUGUUUAUUUACCAACAAAUGAACGAUGGUUUAAUUAUUAUACAGGUAAUGAAAUAAAAAUACUUGGUUUAAUUACUGAACAAGCACCAAGAGAAUAUGUUCCAUUAUAUUUACGUGGUGGUUCAAUUAUACCUCAUCAACAAUCAGCUAUGAAUACUGUUUUAUCACGUCGAAAACCAUUUUAUUUAUAUAUUGCUCUUGAUAAAAAUCAAAGAGCACAAGGUGAUAUGUUUUGGGAUGAUGGAGAAUCAAUUGAUACAUAUGAAACAUCACAUUAUAAUUAUUUUAUAUUUAAUUAUGAUGCACAACGUUUAACAAUUGAACCAUGGACAUUUAAAUAUCCAGAAAUGGAUAAUAAAUUAGAAGAUAUUAUCAUAUAUGGUAUAACAAAACAACCAACAAGAAUUAUUUUGAAUGGAUUAGAUUUAUCAACAGACAAAUGGACAUUUGAUACAAAUACAAAUAUUCUAAAUUUAAAAACAUUAUCUUUGAAUUUAUCUAAAACACAUAAAUUUGUUUUUGUUUAA